CAAAUACAUAUAUAUCAUCUCCGACUCUUCUUCAUCCACACAAAAAAGUUAUCACUUUAGCACACAAAGUUUUACACGUACAUAUGAAAGAUUUACAAGAAUUUCAUUGGGGUUCCUAUAUUAUCUUUCUUGUUCUAUACUUUCUUCAAGACCUGAAAAAGUACAUUAAUCUCAUGUCUCUAACCCUUACGCCUACUCUUUCCUUGGUCAGCAAUCUCUUUGUCGGUCCCAAUGUAGGGUCAUCUUUAGUCUUUGAAAAUUUGAAUCCCGAGAGUUCAAAAGGCAAGGCUUUCCUUCAUGAUGAGGAAAGUCCUCGAGAGAAACCUCCUUCUUGUGUUACAUGCCAGGAAAAUAAGAGUACUAUUACGCCGCAAGACUGUAUGGGCGGUGAAGUAGUGGACGCAGCAAAUUUUUACGUUGAAAAGGCACAUGAAACAUGUGGUAUUUUGAUGGGUGAUACAGCAUGGCAUGAAGAGGAAAUCAUGCAAGAAAAAAUGCAUCAUAAAGUGCUUCAAAAGGGCAUGCAUGAAUAUGAUCAAAAUUGCAGCAUUAUAGAGAAUAUAAAGGGUGGUGGUUUUUUGGUGAACGAUAUUAUUCAAGGCUCGGAUUCUUUAGGAAUGGUGAAGUUGGGAAGGGAUAAUCAGCAAGGCCUUCUCAAGUUGCGAAAGAGGCCGGCUAUGCUGGUUGUGCCAGAACAUAGCGCGGUGUCGGAAUUUGGUGAAAUGUGUAGGAAGUUGGAGCAUAAGGAAUUUGAGGUUGAAGGAAGAGAUUUCGUUUUGGCAAGCAAGAAAGGUAGAAGAAAGGUUAUGGAAGAUGGGUAUGGGGUUAUGGUUGAUAUUCUUGGAGAUCCCAAGCAGGCAUUUUUUGCUGUGAUCGAUGGCCAUGGAGGUCAAGCUGCGACAGAUUUUGUUGCAGAAAAUUUAGGAAGGAACAUUACAAAAGCUCUGGAAUGUGUUGGAGGAGAAGAAGGUCGGUUAGAGCAGGCUAUUCGUAGUGGCUACAUGGUCACAGACAAGGAUUUUCUUUGCCAGGGUGUAAGUAGUGGCGCUUGUACAUCUAGUGUGCUAUUGAAGGAUGGAGAGUUACAUGUAGCAAAUGUUGGUGAUUGUAGAGUAGUUUUGAGUAGAAAAGGAGUAGCUAAAGCAUUGACAAAUGACCAUCGUCUUACUAGGGAAGAUGAGCGUCUUCGAAUUGAAAACACCGGUGGUUUUGUGCAUUGCCAAAAUGGAAUUUGGAGGGCUCAGGGGUUGCUUGCAGUUUCUCGAGCCAUCGGGGACAUGCAUUUGAAAGAAUGGAUCAUAUCCGAACCAGAGAUUAAAAAGCUUCGUUUAACUUCAGAUUGCCAGUUCUUAAUAAUGGCUUCGGAUGGAUUGUGGGAUAAGGUAAAUGACCAGGAGGCGGUUGAUGUGGUUUUGAGAGAGAAGAAUUUGCUCAUGUCCUGCAAAAAGCUUGUAGAUAUGUCUUCUAGCCGAGGCAGCAUGGACGACAUAACUGUUAUGGUGAUCGAUCUUCUAAAUUUUGUUACAAGCAGUUAAUUGUUAAUCAUGGCAAGUGGCCUCAAAUGGUGCAGACACAAACACAACAUGCAUAAUGUCCAUCUACAUAUAUCAAAGAAGGAAAGUAGGAAUAUAGGUUGCUAGACCUGGCCAUAUAGCAACAGAACAGUUGUAUAUGUAUAUCAGAUACAUUAGAAAGAAUGUAAUGAAAAAUAGGAAUAGCGGUCUUGUUGGGUUGUAAAUAAAAACUUUUUGUGAGAGAAAAUGUGAAGUGUUCAAAUUUG